CAGGAUUAAUAGCAUAAUACCGCUAAAUCAAACAAAUGACAUAUCUUGUUUUAAAGAAUUACUUUAUUUUUAUAGUGAAAUUAGGAGCAAAUGUUUAUUAAUAAUUUAUUGGCUAACAGAUAUCGACUGUUUCCUUUUAUUCAAUAUUCUACCAUGUCAUCAACAAUGGAUAAGGCAAGUAUGAUACAGAAGGUGAAAUCAUGUAUUCCUCCUUUAGAUGGUAAUAGUCAUAAAGGUCAGGCCGGCAGAAUAGGAAUUAUUGGAGGUUCCUUGGAGUAUACUGGUGCACCAUAUUUUGCUGGGAUUAGUGCUUUAAAGGUUGGAGCGGACUUAGUGCAUGUCUUCUGCACAUCAUCAGCUGCUACUGUUAUAAAAUCCUACAGUCCAGAAUUAAUAGUUCACCCACUUUUGGACCAACCAAAUGCAGUCAAUGAUAUAUCACCUUGGCUGGAUAGAUUGCAUGCUAUUGUCAUUGGACCAGGGCUAGGCAGACAAAAUAAGACAUUUGAAGUAGUAUCAGAGUUGAUUAAAACAAUUAAAUCCAAAAGCAUUCCCUUAGUGAUAGACGCAGAUGGUUUAUUUUUAAUAACACAAAAUUUAGAUAUAAUCAGAAAUUUCAAUUCACCUGUGAUAUUAACUCCAAAUAAGAUAGAAUUCGAAAGAUUAUGUGAGAAAGUAAAAGGGUAUUCAGAGCUGAAUAAACUAGGAGAAAAUAUUAUAGUAUUUAAAAAAGGUCAAACAGAUGAGAUAUUUUGUGCCAGUAAUGUUGCUCAAUGGAAAUUAAAUGAGGGUGGAUCUGGUCGUAGAUGUGGUGGUCAAGGAGACAUACUUUCAGGAUCUAUUGCAACAUUUUUACACUGGAUGACCAGUAAAGGAGACAAAUUAAAUAUGUCUCCAGAUGAUAAAUCUAUAGCAUCAUCAAUGUCAUGCUAUGCAGCUUCCAUAUUAGUGAGAAAAUGUAAUGAAAAGGCUUUUAGAAUCUAUGGACGCAGUAUGGUAGCAGGUGAUAUGAUUGAAUUUAUACAUGAAGCAUUUCAAGAACUUUAUGGCGAAUGAAAAACUUUAACAAGUUAAUUAUAUAUGUUAGUUAUUCUUUGUAAAAUUGUGUGCUGCAUUCAUUGUGAGCUGGUUUUCAGUCAAUAUGGUAAUUAUUCAAUUAAUAUAAUUAAUGUAAAAGUGGCUAUUUACUGAAAUUAUGAUUGUAAAAAAGUCAUAAAAGUAAAGGAGUGAUAGAUGAGGGUUAAUCUCCUAUGCAAAGGAAUUAAUGUAUUGCAAACUUAAAAUUACUACUAUAAUAUGAUAACAUUAUUUAACUAAAGGUGUCUUAUAUAAUUUGACUGGCUUUU